AUGGCGGGUGUUGCCUGGCUUGUUGUCUUGGUUGUGGCUUCAGCAGCAGUUCUGGAUCAUGUUGAGUGUGCAAAAUACCGGAUUACCCCAUCAUCGACGUCUGUACUACAGGGACAGACCGUCAUUCUUCAGUGCGCUUUCUACGACCUGACUGCAAAGGACAUCGUCACAUGGGAUGGUCCUCCAAACUAUGAGUCUAUUGCGUUCCCAUCCCCCGGCCCCCAGUCAUCAAAGGGGCAGAACUUCCCGCUAAAGCCGGUUAUUCACCAUGAAAGUGUUGGUCGUGCUGUGGUAGACUUGAUUCUGCCGACCCUGACGAAAUGGGAUAAUGGUGUCAACUUCACCUGCACAGCUGACCAGGGGUAUCCUCAACUCACCCACCCCAAGUCUUCAUCAGCCAUUUUGUCAGUUCAUUACCCCCCUACAGUGAUAGUUCCCCAGACGUCCGUCCAUGUGCGGGAGGGAAGUCCUGCUAACCUGUCCUGUAUGGUGGACAGUAACCCUCCGGCAACAGUCACAUGGAGAAAACUCGGACAUGGUCUAGUCAUGAAGGGAAAGAAAGGAGGCCAGACGAUGUCCCUACCUAAAGCCUCCCGCUAUGACAGCGGAGUGUAUGAGUGCACAGCUGACAACGGGGUCCUCCCUCAUGGGAUGGGGACUGCCACUCUAGAUGUGCAAUACGCACCAUGGAUCGACCCAACGAUGGAUGACGAGAUUACACUCAUGCACGAUCAAGAAGGCUUCAAGUUGCGGUGUUUGGCGGACGGAAACCCCAAACCUCACAUCCGCUGGCGGCGGAAGGAUACAAGUUUGUACUGGGAAAACCCACUUCGCUUCCACCGGGUGCGUUACGACGUGGAGGGGACGUAUCAAUGCGUGGCAACAAGUGACGGGUUUCAGGAAGUGACCAAGGACACAUUCAUAAACAUUGUUGGGCGGCCACAGCUUCUGGGCGAAGAGUCUGUAUCUGCCACGGCGGUGGCCGCAGGAGGAACCGCCAGGUUCGCCUGUGACAUCAUGGCGGACCCCAUGCCGGACAGGAUCAUCUGGCUAUGGCGGGACCGCGAUGGAAUAGAGAAGGAACUGACCGUGGCAUCGGGCGAAUUCAUUGCGAUCAGCAAGAAGAGAGACACAGAUACUAAAUCAUCAUCUAGUUCUCUCACCAUCAAAGAUGUCAGCUACAACAAUGAAGGGACGUACAUCUGCAGAGCAAGUAACAUGUUCGGUUCCGUUCAGCGGAACUUUCAGCUGCAGCUAACAGAAUCAGACCAUCUUCCCGCUGUCAUCAUAGCGACCACAGCCGGCAUCGUUCUUGUGGCGACCAUUGUGAUUAUAGGAAUCGCCGUUGCUAAGAAGAAGGGGCUGAUAUGCAUCACACGGCCUCCAGAACCUCUAGGUGUUUCUGCUCCCCGACCGAUGCCGCCGAUACCGAAGUACGGCCGGAAACGUGGCCAUGGCACGAACGACUCCGGUGUGGAGGACCUGGAACUGCAGGAAGUGGACGGCACCAUGAAGCCACGCCCUCCGCCCAGGGUAGACAAAGAGUGGAAGGCUGUGGGGCUAACUUACACAGCUCACGCUGCCAAGUACCGAGUAAUGCCCAAGUCCACGGCCGUACUCUCGGGUGGCACCAUCACAAUGAAGUGCGCCUACGACGAGCUGACACCCGCCGACACGGUGGUGUGGUUGGGCCCGCCAAACUUCAAAAAACUCCUCGCGACGGGAAAGGCUGUCAACCCCCGCUUCCAGCGGUAUGCUAUCACCGGAGAUCACUCCAAGGGGGAGUUCAACCUGGCCAUACGGGACGCCAGGCGGAGAGACGAGGGCGAGUACAAGUGUAGUACCUUCGGGGUGGAUGAAGCUGAGGGACAGGCCACGCUCACGGUCGUCGACCCACCCGAAGUUUUCGUCCCCCGGCCCUCCAUCUUUGUCAAGGAGGGAGACCUGGCUAACCUGACCUGUUUGGUGGACGGUAACCCCGCAUCAACUGUGACAUGGAGAAAACUCGAUCAUCAUCACUCACUAGCUGGGACUGAACGAGGGAAUCAUCUGAUCUUACAUAAGGUUUCCCGGUACGACGCCGGUGUGUACCAGUGUACUGCCGACAACGGGAUUCCACCUGUGGAUGUCGGGACGGUUACACUGGAGGUUCGCUAUCCACCAUGGAUAGACCCCAGUAUGAAGCAGACAAUCACAGUACAGUAUGACAAUGAUGGCUUCUCAUUGGACUGUUUGGCGGAAGGAAACCCCAAACCCCACAUCCGAUGGCGGCGGAAGGAUACAAGCUUGUACUGGGAAAAUCCUCUACGGUUUAACCGCGUAGACUACGGAGUGGAGGGGACAUACGAGUGCGUGGCCACCAACGCGGGGUUUCCAGAAGUUUCCAAAGAAACAAAAAUAGACGUUAUAGGACUACCCCACUUACUGGGGCAGGAUCUGGCUGAAGUACUGACCGUGCAGUCAGGCGGCACUGCUAGGUUAGGCUGCCGGAUUGUAGCCGACCCGUUACCGGGUAGGAUCACAUGGGUAUGGCGCAACAAACACGGCAUAGAGAACACCCUGCACGACGGGCUCAACGGCAUCACUAUUAACGACAAAAUCACCGAGCAGGAAAUGUCGUCGGCCCUGACGGUCAAACACGUGGACGUAGGCCGGGCAGGGACGUACAUCUGUCAAGCUUCCAACAUAUUCGGGCCAGUCAAACGAAACAUUCAACUGGAGGUUAAAGAGUCGAAGACCUCCUUGUUCAUCAUCAUCAUCGCCACAACAGCCAGUGCAUUAGCCCUGAUGGCCACAAUGGCGUUUGGGUGUGUUCUUAAGAAGAGAAGAGUUACCAGAAAACAAAGAAAGCCUACGGCAGUUCACGGCGUGUCAGCCUCCCGACCCAUGCCUCCUGUCCCGAAGUACAUCCACGCCACCAACACCAUCGACUCCGGCGUGGAGGAUCUGGAGCUGCACGAGCUGGACAGGGCGCUGAAGCCGCACCCUUCCUCCAGGGGGAGGGAUGACAAGGAGUGGAAGUCCGUAGGGCUGGCCUACUCAGGCCUUGUCCACUCGACGUCACUUCCGCCAUACUCCACGGUAGAACGCCAACUUCCGGAUGGGGAGGACAACAUCCGGCAUUUGACUACGUUUAGAGAAGACGGUCCGACAGUUCCCGCUACCCCUUCCCAGUAACCAACCACGG